CUUUAACAUUUUCUCUGCACCUCCUUUUACAACUUAUUACUAUUUCGAGGAGAAGAAAAUAUGGGUGUGAAAGGCAAGCUGAUUGCUUCAAUGGAGGUGAAGUGUGGAGGACACUCGAUUCAUGAUUUUUUUCACACCAAUACUCAUCAAAUAGCCAACAUAAGCCCUACUUUUAUCAACCGUUACGAGGUUCAUGAGGGAGAAAUUGGAAAAGUUGGUAGGGUUGUUAAUAUGAAAUAUAAUGAAGCGGGACAAGAAAAGACUGUGAAGUGUGUAAUUGAAGCCAUCGAUCGUUACAACAAAUCAAUAAGUCGGAAAGUGAUUGCAGGAGAUUUGCUAGAGUUCUAUAGUUCCCUUACAUUGGUAUCAUCUUGUGAACAACAGUGGAUUACAUGGACUUUAGAGUACGAAAAGAAAAUUGAAGACAACCCAGAGCCCCUCAAUUUUUUGGGUUUUGUCCUUAACGUGACCAAAGAUGUAGAGAGUCACCUUCUCAAGAAAUAGAAAAUAUCUUGUUCUCUCUCUAUAUAUAUAAAUAAAUGUGUGUGUGAUGAAUAAUUGGCUCUAUAUAUAUAAAUAAAUGUGUGUGUGAUGAAUAAUUGGUAAUAUUCGCUAGUUCUAGCUUACCUGUAAAAUAAAUAACAUUGUGUUUGAACAAUA